GAUUGGUGUCCUCGCCAUCGUCGCAAAGAAGUUAGUUCUCCACCCUUCCUUACGUUUCACUACGACGAGGAUUCUAAGCGAUGGAACUAGCGCUCAUAUCUAUGUACAACGCGGACGCGGGACGUGGUCGGCAAAGAGCUCCAGCAUCAGAUCAGGGUCUCUGACUUGUCAACCAAAACAAGUUGAGAAACUUCCCCCUCUGUCGCGAAGAAGCUGCGCUAUAAGCUUCCAUGCUUACGUCGUCACAACAGCGGAUUCACAGCAACUGGAAGAAAAGUGGGAGUCCGAGUGGUGCGAGCAACAUGAGGCACUGGUUUCCUGGUGUGAUUAGAUUAGAAGCUCAAAGGCUGCGCUUAGAACACAUUUCUCUGAUCGGUUGGUUAGCCUUGGCUGUGAGCCAUUAUUCCCACGUUUGCAGCUUCAACACACGACGGUUUUCUCUGCUACCGCUGAGCUUCGCAGAGCUGAACCCAGCUCAAUCUCGCCGUCAGAUAGCCUUUCCUUGAGUGGGCAUUUCCCUCCUAGAGUUGUUUGGGGAGAAACAUGCGUACUGAGGACUUCUCAUCUCUCGAGAUUCGCCAAUAUGGCGUGCAUCAGGAUCUUCCUGAAGCACCAAGGCGACGGUUUCAGCCACGAAUCUGGGCGAAGCUGACCUUUUUCGUGGGUGCUCUGGUGCUGAUCUGCUCGGGAGUCUUUACCAUCGUCCUCUGGAGGCUGUCCAAGGCAACAGUGAUGGGAGAAAUUCGGGAGAGGCUUGACACUGUUGCAAGCCUUCGUCAACAGCAGAUACUCGGUUACAUCACAGGAACUCAAGACACGGUCAAACUGAUCAUGUCUCGGGUCGUCCUGGUGUCCCUGCUUCUCACGCACAAGCAAGGAAAGAAGAAUUUGACUCGGAGUGAUUACAGACAGGGCAUCGAGAAUCUAAACAUUGUCACAGUGAACGCAGCUGGUGUGGUAUCACUAGGUGCUUACAGCGAAGAGGGCGAACUUCUGUUCUCCAUCUCACCGCCUCCAGCUGACUUGAAGCCACUACCCAGGCGCCUGACUGGACAGGCACUGACUGUCAAGAACCGAGAUACAUCUGUAUGGACUGGAAUUCUGCGCACAGGGCAGAAUGGCACAUUCCUAAUCAACGUUGCAGCUGCUGUUCACCAUCAGGCGACCUUCUGCGGGAUUAUUUUGGCAAGAGUUGAUGCCAAGAAAUUCAGGCAGAUUGUGCAAGAUGGAACCGGCCUUCAGUUCACGGGUCAGCUUCUUGUUGCCAAUGUUUCGAAGGGCAAGGUCGAGGGCAUGGUAAACUUCGUUGUUCCUCCUGAUAAGACUCCCUCUGUGACGAAUUCAACCUACAAGGGUGCUGCGUUCAAGGCAGCAGAAGGCCAAGUUGGAUUUUUUUAAGGAGCAGACUUCCGUGGAGUUGAGGUCGUUGCUUCUUACCGACCCAUUGGACUCAAUGGCUGGGAUAUGCAUAUGCUCUGUGUUUGAACGUUUCUAGAAGGGAUGUAACAUGCAUCACUUUUUUACUAUGGGUCUCAUUUCUUGCACUUACCUGCGUGCCUGCAGGUCUGGCAGCCACAGUCGAGAAGGCAGAAGCAUACAGAUGCAUUAAGAAGCUUGAGAGGAUUAUUCUGAUCGAUAUGGCCGUGAUCUUUGUGCUGGGGGUCCUUGCAGCCCAUGCGUUGGCCACGUAUUUCUCUCGGCCAAUCAUGGAGCUUGGUGAUGCAGCAAGCAGGCUUGCACGGGGUGACUACAAUGCACGAGCCCAUGGACGGAGAGGCUGCUUGAAGGAUGAGAUUGAUGAUCUCUGCUCUGUCUUCAACUACAUGGCUGAUCAGAUCUCCUCGUCCUACUCUACUUUGGAGCAGAAGGUGGUGGAACACACCCAAGACCUAGCACUGCUGAACGAGGGUUCAUCUGCUGAGGUGGAUGAGAGGAAAGCGAUUGAGUUGCAGCUUCAGGUUGCGAAGGAGCAGGCAGUCUCAGCAGACAAGGCAAAAUCACAGUUUUUGGCAAAUAUGUCCCACGAGAUCAGGACACCUUUGAAUGGCAUCAUAAAUUGCACAGAGCUCUGUUUGAACACUGCUCUCAGCUCUGAACAAAUCGAGUACCUUGAGCUGUCUCUGUAUUCAGCCAAGCAUCUCCUGCGACUGAUUGCUGAUAUACUGGACUUCAGCAAGAUUGAGGCUGGAAAGAUGGAUUUGGAAACUAUUGGGUUCUCAUUAAACAACCAGAUGGAACAAGCAGUACUUGCAUCCAGGGCACGGAAGAAGGGGCUUGCACUUGUUUCAUGGCUCAAGUCCCCAAACGUGCCAGAAGUUCUCUUGGGUGACCCAGGACGACUAGUUCAGAUUUUUAUUAAUCUUCUGGGGAAUGGGAUUAAGUUCACUGAUAACGGGGAGGUUGUGUUAUCAGCAACUCUUGUCUCCAUUCAGGAUCAUAAUGCAGAAAUCCUUUUUGCUGUCAGAGACACAGGAAUAGGCAUACCUCAAGCUAAGCAAUCACAUCUGUUUCAAGCGUUCAGUCAAAUCCAUACAUCAGAUGCAAGGUUGUAUGGGGGGACGAGUCUUGGAUUGAUGAUCUCGUCCCGCCUAGCAAACGCCAUGGGUGGACAAAUGUGGGUUGAGAGUGAAGUGGGCCAAGGGUCAACAUUCCUAUUUACUGCCAAGUUCCUUGUGCCAGCCACGGCUGCUACUCUGUCAACACUGGUACCAUGCAGUGCUCUGGGGCCAAAUUUGGACCAAGUGCGAGUGCUGGUUGUUGAUGGCAAUGAAGCAAUCAGGAAGUCCAUUGUCUCCACUCUCAAGAACUUGAAUGUCGAUGCAGAUGAUACAGGUGAUGCGGCCUUGGCAUUGCAAAUGCUCGAAGAAGCAGCAUUUGAUGGGUCCCCAUAUACCCUGCUCAUUGUGGAUACUCAAAUCGGGAACAGAGACCCCUGUUCCCCCUCCACCAGCUGUGUGUGGCUGCUGCGCCAUAUCAAAGAGCAGGAUCUUCUUUGCCGAGUCAAUGCUGGAGGUAGAUUCAUGGAGGCCUGCAACGGGUUUGGUGUUGCACAAGAAGAGGAGGAUUCUAUUGGCCACCCUGAGUCGCCCACACCAGCGUGGAUGCUUCCGUGGGAAGGUGACGGCCAGAGGGCCUUGUUGGAGGAACUGAACGCAUCUGCCAGUCACAAGCUGCAACCAUCGCAAGCUGUGUUGGAGUCAGCCAGACAUUUCAGUGAAGCGCUGCAGCAGGAGCGCAGUCAGGCACAUGCUUCCUGCACCGCAAAUGAGGGAGAUCUGUUUCGGGCUCCAGAUGAGGAUGGAGUGCUGCCGAUUUUGCUAUUAACUCCUGGAAUCUCCAGUGAUAAGACUUUGUGCAAGGCUCUGGGCGUGCAGCUGUUUGUCCCAAAGCCUGUAACGAGGAAAUUGCUCUUACGACAGGUCAAACAGGCAUUGAAUCUUUCACUACAGCUGCAAAUGGCAAGCGGCUGAAGAUUCUAGUUGUGGAAGACAAUGUUGUGAACCAACGGGUAGCAUUGACUCUUCUGCGCAAGUGGGCAUGAGGCAGUUUUGGCCAGCGACGGUGAAGAGGCUGUGGAGAAGGUUCAAAGAGAGGCCUUUGAUGCGAUAUUGAUGGAUGUCCAGAUGCCCGUAUGUGAUGGGCUACGAGCAACAAAGAUGAUUCGUCAUUACGAAUCAACGAAGAACUGCCAUACGCCCAUAAUCGCUUUGACAGCGCAAGCUCUCAUAGGAGAUGGAUUGAAGUGCAUCGAGGGGGGGAUGGACUCCUACAUGAGCAAGGCUCUCGAUGCGUCCAAGUUGAAGGACCUUUUGAGGUGUAUAUGCCUAUCACAUGCUCUUCCCAAGCCAGCCAAUGAAAGUGCCCAGAAUUGCGACAGGGAGUAAUUAACUUGGGAUGUCAGUUCUUGAGGGUGUUAAAGCCAGUGGCUAAAAUAGUAAAGGCUGGCUUCAAGAGAGCCCCUCUUGAAGUGGGGCACACUUGAACUUUUUUUCCAAACAUAGUGUUAGGAGUGCGUG